CAGGACGACAGGAAUAGGAAAUCAGUGUGUGUUCAACAUUUGUUCAAAUAAGAUCCCUUUAAAAAUAUAAGGAGGAGAUCAUGCCUCCUCAAGUGGAUCCCGUGCCCAGCGGAGUAGUCUUCGAGUCCGACACGCAAACUUCAGACUUAGGGCUAGCGAAAGACGUGUCAGUAUUAAAAAACGCAAGACCUAGGAAACACGAGUAUGUGUGGUUCAACAUAUUUUGGUUCUUAUAUCUCCAUAUCGCGUCACUUUACGGAUUAUAUCUCGUCUUCACCUCGGCUAAAUGGCAAACUAAUGUUUUUGCAUUUGCCGUCCAUUUAAUGUGCGCCAUUGGUAUUGGUGCAGGAUCUCAUCGUCUCUGGACACACAGGUGUUUUAAGGCCCGCACUCCGCUACGUAUAGUUCUUAUGCUAUGGCAGACUAUGGGCUUUCAGGACUGCAUAUUCGAGUGGGCACGCGACCACCGCACACACCACAAGUAUGCAGACACUGACGCCGACCCCCACAAUGCGGAGCGGGGCCUCUUCUUCUCACACAUGGGCUGGCUAUGCUGCAAAAAGAGCCCCGAAGUUAUCGAAGGAGGAAAACGAAUUGAUCUCACGGAUUUAUAUGCCGAUCCCGUUGUUAUGUUCCAGAAAAAGCACUACAUGAAAAUGAUGCCGCUCCUGUGUUUCGUGCUGCCAACUGUGAUACCAGUCUACUUCUGGGGCGAGACUUGGACGAAUGCCUUCUUCAUCCCCACCAUCCUGAGGUACACAUGCGGUAUCAACGUGGUAUGGAGCGUCAACAGCUUCGCACACACCUUCGGAUACAGGCCCUAUGACAAGUCACUGAACCCACGUGAAAACAUCGGAGUAUGGAUGAUCUGUGUUGAAGGCUUCCACAACUAUCACCACACCUUCCCAUGGGACUACCGAGCGACUGAACUUCCCCUGUAUAACAUGCUCACGCCGACGAUCGUGUUCAUCGACCUCAUGGCAAAGAUCGGACAAGCAUACGACUUGAAAUACGUGUCCCCUGAAAUUAUAAAGCAGCGUGCACACCGUACUGGGGACGGUACACAUCACCUCUGGGGCUGGGACGACCCUGAAUUCACAGAGAAACUCAAAGAAAAAUAUGCUGCGGUUAGCCACAGUGAAGAAAAUAGGAAGACAGCUUAAUUUAUUUCUCGUUCUCCAUUUAUUGUUAAUGAAGACUGUAAUACUUACUCAAUAAGGGUGAUAUCUGAUCAUUGUAAUGUAAGCAAAUAUAAUAAAAAUAAUAAUAUGUACAAAAAAUAAUGUUCCACUUGUAUUUUUCCGUGGUAAAAUGUAUUUUCCUUGUGAAAUAACGAGUGGACUUUCUUUAUCCGCCUUGUGUUAUCGGCAAGCUACAAUAGAAUUUGCGCCCUAUCAGCUCCAUACAUAAAUGAGUAAAAUGAAACAAGCUUGAAAUCUUUUUCCAAUGGUUCGCAGCUGGCACCAUCGUAAGCGAUAAGCGAAAAUCGAUAUUGGCCUCUUCCAUUAGCGAGGUAUAAUUAAUGCAAUGCAAUCGUGUGCUUACAAGUGGAGUCCGCUGGCGACAGUUGUAAAUAAUAAAUUAACCGCAUCUUUACCUAUAAACUCGAAGAACAGCUGUUGUGGAGCUUGUGAGAUGUCUAUC